AAAUCUCCAAAACCUCAAAAAUAAAAACACACAAAACCGUAACAAGCGCCAAGUCCCCUCUUUUCAAAAACAAAAUACAUGGCGCUUUCUCUUACAUUCCCUCUCUCCACCAUUACAAAACCUCUCCCCCCUCACAAUCACAAGCCCAAGCCCUCGCCAUCGCUCCUCUCUCUCUCUCUCUCUCUCUCCCUUAUCUAAAAGGAGACUCUUGACUCAGUGAGCGAAGAAGUGUAAAAUGAGUUCAAUGGCAGAGCAAGAGAACUGCACCCGCGUUACUCGCGCUGCCAAAAAGAGGGCGGCUGCGCUGGCUUCCACGGAGGACCAACCCUUGAAUAAGAAGAGGGUUGUGCUGGGAGAGCUUCCCAACUUAUCAAACGCCAUCGUUUCAUCAAACGAGCCCCAGAAGCAGAAAGCAAAAGCAAAGCCAAAGGCAAGGAAGGGGGCUUCAACGAAGAAGGAGGGUGUUCUCAAAGAGGAUGUUGAUGGGAACCCUGAAGAUCCCCAAAUGUGUGCACCAUAUGCAUCUGAUAUUUAUGAGUAUCUUCAUAAAAUGGAGGUGGAUCCAAAAAGAAGGCCACUGCCUGAUUACAUUGAGAAGGUUCAAAAAGAUGUGAGUCCCAAUAUGAGAGGGAUUUUGGUGGAUUGGUUGGUGGAGGUCGCAGAGGAAUACAAGCUUGUCUCUGAGACCUUGUAUCUUACUGUUUCUUACGUUGACAGAUUCUUGUCUUUCAAUGUUCUCAGCAGGCAGAGGCUUCAGCUUCUUGGUGUUUCUUCUAUGCUUCUUGCCUCAAAGUAUGAAGAAAUCAACCCUCCGCAUGUGGAAGAUUUUUGCUACAUUACAGAUAAUACAUACACCAAGGAAGAGGUGGUUAAAAUGGAAGCUGACAUACUUAAAUCUUUGAAAUUUGAAAUGGGGAAUCCUACGAUAAAGACAUUUCUAAGGAGAUUCACUAGGGUUGCUCUAGAGGACUACAAAACUUCAAAUUUGCAGCUUGAGUUCCUCGGAUUCUACCUUGCUGAGUUGAGCUUGUUGGAUUACAAUUGUGUGAAAUUUUUACCUUCUUUGGUGGCUGCUUCUGUUAUAUUUCUUACAAGGUUUCUGAUGCGACCCAAGACAAAUCCUUGGAGUUCAACCUUGCAACAAUACACUGGAUACAAGGCAGCGGAUCUAAGGGAAUGUGUUCUCAUCAUACAUGACUUGUAUUUGAGUAGAAGAGGAGGUGGAUUGCAAGCUGUAAGAGAAAAAUACAAGCAGCAUAAGUUCAAGUGCGUGGCAAACAUGCCUUCCCCGCCAGAGUUACCAGCUUUAUAUUUCGAAGAGGUUUAAAUGCAACAGUUGGCCUGUUCAUUAUAUGUUUCGGGUUAUGACAAGUGAUGGAAAUGGCUACCCACUCAGGAAGCCCUAGAAGUGUGGAUUCGUAACACAAACCAUGCCAUUUUGGAUUUGCUAUAAAAUCUUGAUUGAUAUUUGGGAGACUACUGGAAGUGAAUUGUUGGCCAUGUGGAAUGAACUGUGGUUCUGAUGCUUGGGGACUUUUACCUGGAGUAUGAAAGGCAUUUUUAACAUCAGCAGUUGGGAACUGUGCUUUGCUAACUCUUCUCACUGGUAGAAUAUUUGAAUCUCCUACGGAGGUCUUGUAAAUAUUAAAUUUUUUGUUUUUGGUUCUAAUAUUAGAUUGCUAAAUGGUCAUUAUGAGAACGUGAAUUUUCUCUUA